UGAAUAAUUAUUCCUCCACAACGCAGAGAGAGAGAGAGAGGGGUUUUGUUAGGGUUUAAGCGACAAUAGCAAACUGAUCACAGAGAAACCAACAAUCGCACGGAGGAAGCAAGCAAAAGUUGAAAGCUUCGACAACUGCCUCUACCAAUGGGACAUCUUCUGGCGAGAGUUUUUUGUGGAAUCCUGCGACGGAAAUUGCACAGGAAUAGAGGUACGGGCAUAUUACAGUACAGGGGACCUGAGGUGUUCUCCUGCGCUCUUAAUCGGAUAAAGAGAAAGGUUCCAGUCUUCAACAAGCACUCCUUCAUUCGUUCAGUGGCUCUGGCUACUGCGGGAUCGGGGCUCUUGUGUUCCAGUAUUGACACUGAUUUAAGGACAAGUAUAUCGCUUGCAAUUCCUUCACCGUUGCUUGAAUCCUUAUUGUGGUCAUGGAGAACUUUGCGGGAGAUGAUUGCCCGUCCUUCAUAUGUCUCACUGGAUCCUAUGCAAUAUGAAAAAAUUCCGUCAUUGUUUUCUAGAAUUGGCUCUGUGCCGUCAGAAGACAUAAGCAAGGGAGUUUCUGGGGAGGUCGGAGAUGGAGCAAAUACUAGUCGUGGAUGUUUGGGUAGAGACAGCAUUGCCAAUGCUGCUGCAAGGGUUGGUCCUGCUGUGGUCAAUCUAUCAGUUCCGCGGGAUAUUUAUGGACUGACCAUGGGAAAGAGUGUCGGCUCUGGAACUAUCAUAGAUUCAGAUGGCACUAUCUUGACUUGUGCUCAUGUGGUUGUUGAUUUCAAAGGUCUACGUUCUCCAUCAGAGGGGAAGGUUGAUGUGACUUUGCAAGAUGGUCGGACAUUUGAGGGUACGGUGUUGAAUGCUGACUUACAUUCUGAUAUUGCUAUUGUGAAAAUCAACUCUAAAACUCCACUUCCAAUGGCACAACUGGGGUCUUCAAGUAAGCUUCGUCCAGGAGAUUGGGUGGUAGCCAUGGGCUGUCCUCUUUCCCUUCAAAAUACAGUUACAGCUGGUAUAGUUAGCUGUGUUGAUCGCAACAGUAGUGAUUUGGGUCUUGGAGGAAUGAGGAGGGAGUAUCUUCAAACAGAUUGCGCGAUUAAUGGUGGUAAUUCUGGUGGGCCCCUUGCUAAUAUUGAUGGUGAAGUUGUUGGUAUUAAUGUUAUGAAAGUGGCUGCGGCUGAUGGAUUGAGCUUUGCUGUACCAAUUGAUUCAGUUUCCACAAUCGUAGAGCACUUCAAGAAAAACGGGAGAGUUGUUCGACCAUGGCUUGGAUUGAAAAUGCUUGAUCUUAAUCAUAUGAUUGUUGCUCAGCUUCGGGAGAAGGAUGAUACCUUCCCUAAUGUCAACAAAGGAAUUCUUGUACCAAUGGUUACCCCAGGGUCACCAGCUGACCGUGCUGGAUUCCAUCCUGGUGAUGUUGUCGUUGAAUUCGAUGGUAGGCCUGUCGGGAGCAUUAAAGAGGUAAUUGAAAUUAUGGGGGACAAAGUAGGGAAACCCUUGAAGACCGUUGUUAAAAGAGCAAACGAUAGUUCAGCGACUUUGACUGUUAUACCUGAGGAGGCAAACCCAGAUAUGUAGUUCGCAUUGAUUCUCCUCUGCACAUGUAUUGUGAUAUUUUUUGUUACACAGAGCAGAAAAUUGUCAAAAAAGGUGCAAGUGUUUAUUUCUUGGAUCUAGCCUUCACCAGAAGAAAACCAGAACAAUGGUGAUUGGCAGAAUUGGGGUAGAGAGUGAUAGAUUUCAGUAUAAGGUGACCUCAUGGAAUUCAAUUCAAGGAUUUCCAAAGACUCAGAUGUGCAGCUCAAAAAUAUAUAUGUACUUUGCUCCCCUACAUUGUAACAUAAAUUGGUACAGUCGAACCCUUACUACUUUUA